AUGUACUGCGAACUGCAUGGUACACUUGAAAAUGGAUCUUCCCCUGCACGACUUUUGGCGCCCGGUGUGGCGCUGUUCUCCAGCGUGUCGCCAGUCGAGUCGGGGCCAGGCGGCGACGUGUGCCCUAUUGACUGCCUGCUGCAGCCGCACCUGUUCUCCAGUGUGCAUGGCCGUGCCCAUUCGACUGCCACGUUGCCCAGCUGGGUAUCGCACGACGACUUGGGAAGUGGUGGUCCGCAGCUCGGUAACGCCCGCCCUUCGCCUCGGUCCAGUGGAGCACACAACAUUACGAAGAAGCUAUCCGAGAGAUCGGAUUGCCACAGGCAGGCUUUCCAUCAGUGUAACGGAAGCCAGCGUGUUGGCGGACAAGAUUGCUGCGGCCUCGAGACAGGCUAG